GCUUUGGCCAUUUCCAGCAGAAAAGAAUGGAUAGCGCUUUUCCUUGGAGGGGGCUCAACUAUUGGGAGCCAUCCUGGUGCUUGAGUCAUAACUGCCCUUAUGACAUCACAGGUCUCCCUCCUCUACUCUUUCUUCCCAUGCCAUGGCUAGAGGAAAACAGACCUGAGGGGAUUUGCACCAUCUACACCCAAUCCAUGUGGGACCAAUGGAGGAGGGCCAGCCUACAACAAUUAAAGAACACACUAAAAAAGAGCCUCAGCAGAAUGAGGGGCUAACUGCUUUAUCGUCGGCAUCAUCACCAACCGUAAAGAAGGAGGAGGCUAAACAAGAGAAUAUAGUUGCGACCAAGAGAGUAGAUGAUGCUCAUAAGAAACCCAGACUGAUGCCAAGAAUCCAAAAUAGGUUUCCCAUCACUAAUCCAGAAGUGGUAAAGAUCCAGGCCUGGUGGCGGGGCACCCUGGUGCGCAGGACACUGCUGCAUGCAGCACUCAGAGUGUGGAUCAUUCAGGGCUGGUGGAGGGAGAAGCUGAUGAAGCUGGAAGAGAACAGGCGGCGGGCUGUCCUGGAGACCUUCACACGGAAGGAAUGGGCAGCAGUCAGGCUGCAGUCCUGGGUCCGCAUGUGGCGCAUCCGUCGGCGCUACUGUCGCUUGCUUAAUGCAGCCCGCAUCAUCCAGGCCUACUGGAGGUGCCACUCCUGCGUUUCCCGGGGUUUCAUUAAGGGCCACUACAGAGUCACGGCCAACCAGCUGCAUCUCGAACUUGAGAUCUUGCUGGGCUCAGGACCUUGCAUUGUGACUGAGUGUAUUCCCCUUCCAAUAAAGCAGUGAAGUGGUC